GUGUCCUCAUGUCCAACGGCGAAUGUUGGCUCCAGCUCCGGCGCUUCUCCCUCAUGACUUUGAGGAAUUUUGGGAUGGGAAAGAAAAGCAUCGAGGAAUGGAUCCAAGAGGAGACAGAGCACCUGAUGAAGGAGCUCAGAGCCACAAAGGGCCGACCCAUCAACCCAGCCACCCUUUUCAGCUGUGCCACGGGGAACGUGAUCAGCCACAUCCUCCUGGGAGAGCGCUUUGACUACCAGGACAAGGACUUUGUCCGGAUCCUCCGCCAGCUCAUGGAUAGCUUCCGGCUGGAGAGCUCCGUUGCUGGGCAG